GUCUGGGAGCCGCCAUCUUGGGCUCGGUGUUCCUGCCCGGGAGGCUCCUGCUCAGCUUUGGUGGCGCGGUGACGCUGUGGGUGCCGGACGAUGGUGGGAGGACGCCAGCGUCCCCCAGAAGUGGACUUGAUCCCUGCUAUCUGAGUGGAGGAGGCCAUUGGAGGAAAAGAGUCACAAUGCUCCAUUUGAUAGUCACGUGACCGUCUGAAGCUCAUCUGCCUCUUCAACCAUCAGGUCUAGGUGGCUGUGCUGUAGACUCUGUUGCCCUGUGACGUGCUGGUGCGGGGAGUUCCAUAGGGAGGACGCUCGAUGUCCUGGAAGCCAGAAAUGGGGUUGGUGUCGUUUGAGGACGUAGCCGUGGACUUCACUUGGCAGGAAUGGCAGGAGCUGGAUGCUGCUCAGAGGACCCUGUACAGGGACGUGAUGCUGGAGAACUACAGCAACCUGCUGUUCCUGGGGCACUGCGAGACCAAACCUGAGCUGAUCUUCAAUUUGGAGCAAAGACUUGGGUCAUGGAUUGUAGAAGCUUCACACCAGAGCAUACCAGAUUUCCAGAAAAUGAAUACCCCGAACAAGACCAGUCAAGAAACCAAAGCAAGAUGUGCAUGGCAAGCUGCCUUCAACAGUGAUACAUCAAAGGAGUUGGCUGGAAUAGGGAAUACUUGCAAUGAGAGCACAAACCACAUUUUAAAUCAGACUAUAAAGAAUGAGAACUCACUAGGAAUGAGUCCUAGAAAGUUGAUUCUGUGGAAGGAUGUGUAUCUCUAUAGUGAUGCUGAUGAGAUAGAAGUUGGAGAAGAACCUGAUGAUCUUAAUGGAACUGUAAAAUCUGCCAAACGUCCAGAGCAUGUUAGUCUGUACAAGUUUCAAAGUCUUGUGCCAGGGAAAUCCUUUAACACAAAAGCGUUAUUACUUACUCGUAAGUUCAGUGAAUAUGCAAAAUCCUUAGGUGAUACAGCAUUUAUUGGCAAAGAGAUGGCUCAGAUAAGGGUGAAAUCUUUUGAAUGUAAUGUACCAGAGAUAAAGUGUAACAAGCCUGACCAUAAUGAAAAUGAACCAAUGCAUGUGGGAGAGAAACAUUACAAAUGUAGUGACUUUGAGAACCCGUUUAUUGUUGAAUCAUACCUUCCAAAACAAAAAGGACAACAUGAAAAGCUCUUUGUCCAGAAGGAAUAUGAGUUUUCUCAACAGUCAGAAGUGAGUCUUCAUCAGAAAAUCCGCAGAGGGAAAAAGACCUAUGAAUGUAAAAUAUGUGGCAAGUGCUUUUAUUGGAAAACAAGCUUCAAUAGACAUCAGAGUACUCACACUGGUGAGAAGCCCUACGAAUGUACGGAAUGCAGUAAAGCUUUCUGCCAAAAGUCACACCUCACUCAGCAUCAGAGAGUUCAUACAGGUGAGAGACCAUAUAUAUGUUUUGAAUGCAGGAAAGCUUUCUAUCGUAAGUCAGAGCUUACUGACCAUCAGAGAAUUCACACAGGUGAGAAGCCAUAUGAAUGUAAGGAAUGUGGGAAAGCUUUUUGCCAAAAGCCCCAACUUACUCUCCAUCAGAGAAUUCAUACAGGUGAGAAGCCCUAUGAGUGUUCAGAAUGUGGGAAAGCCUUCUCCACCAAGUCCUAUUUAACUGUACAUCAGAGAACUCACACAGGUGAGAAGCCUUACGAAUGCACAGUAUGUAGGAAGUCAUUUAUCUGUAAGUCAAGUUUCAGUCAUCAUUGGAGAACUCACACAGGUGAGAAACCCUACGAAUGUAAGCAGUGUAUGAAGACCUUCUACCGUAAGUCAGGCCUGACGCGACACCAGAGAACUCACACAGGUGACAAACGCUAUGAAUGUCAAUUAUGUCAGAAAGCUUUUUACUGCACUUCACAUCUCAUCGUACAUCAGCGAACUCAUACAGGUGAGAAACCUUAUGAAUGUAAGGAAUGCAGGAAAGCUUUCUAUGAUAAGUCAAACCUUAAACGGCAUCAGAAGAUUCAUACUAUGAAGAAAGCCUCUGAAUGCAAACAAUCUAACAAUUUUUUUCUAAGUAAUACUUCUCAACAUCAGACAAUGUAUUAUGAAUAUGAAGAAUGCAAGAAAGCUUUCCACCAGAGCACAAACCUUACUUAAACACCCAACACUCUUCGUACAGGUAAGGGAACGCUGUGAUUAGAAAACAUUUAUCCAAAAGUCAGAUCUUAUGUACAUUGGACCGCUUAUACAAGGGAUUCAACCAAAUGAAUAAACAGUGAAGGAAAACUUUGAUUCUUGUUUGUUUAUCAAAGAGCUCACAAUUAACUGUGGCAAAUAACUUAGCCAGGUACAUUAACCCAAUAUAAGACAGAUGUUUAUGAUGGAGGGUCACUUGCACUCAGUGGAAUAGAGGAAGAUACCAUGACUUAGAAGAAAAUAGGGCAAAGUUUUCUACUUGAGGUUCUCUUGAUACACUACCAGAACCUAGUAGUGUGAAACUAGUGAAAGUGAGGAAUGCCCCAAACUCUGAAAAGAAUUUGGAAGUCAUUGCUGGGUGUUUUGGGACAUGCCUGUAAUCUUAAUACUUGGCAGUUUGAAGAAAGAAGAUGAAUUGUGGUCUAACCUUUGCUACAAAGCAAUUUCAAACCCUACCUGGGUUACAUGAGAACUUUUUUUAAAAAUGACAAUUAAUUGAAAAUACAAGAAUCUGAGAGUCUAAACUUCACAAAUGGUAUAAACGGGACAAAGGACAAUACAACUUGGGGUAAAUGUUGCUAUACCUCACUUCCAUUUGAAUCAGAUAUGCUAUAGGAGCCCUAUUCGUGUGAGUUUCCAUUUGAAUCAGAUAUGCUAUAGGAGCCCUAUUCGUGUGAGUUUCCAUUUGAAUCAGAUAUGCUAUAGGAGCCCUAUUCGUGUGAGUUUCCAUUUGAAUCAGAUAUGCUAUAGGAGCCCUAUUCGUGUGAGUUUCCAUUUGAAUCAGAUAUGCUAUAGGAGCCCUAUUCGUGUGAGUUUCCAUUUGAAUCAGAUAUGCUAUAGGAGCCCUAUUCGUGUGAGUUUCCAUUUGAAUCAGAUAUGCUAUAGGAGCCCUAUUCGUGUGAGUUUUGUAGAAACUUGUGGAACUUUGGCAAUUGCAUGACACUGAGCAUCACUCUUAAAAGUAAUCCCACUUGAAUUCAGGCAGUUAGGGCUGUGAAUGGAGCUCAGUGACAGUGUUUGGUGUAACCUGUCUUUCAUAUAAAUUACAUCUAAUAUUACCUUAAAGACUUUAUUAUAUUUAUCUGUGCAUGUACUCUAUAGCACGUCAUAUAGCAACUCAAAGUCAGAGGACAAACCCCAAAGUCAGUUUUGUACCUGGUGGGUUCUUAGUAUCAAACUCAGGUUGUCAGGUUUGGCAGAAAACAUCUUUACUCUCUGAGCCAUCUCUCCCACUCCUGUAUUUUAUACUCAACAACUGUUGUAAAUUAAAAGUGAUUCUGGAGGUAUCUUCAGCCAGUCCAGAAUACUGGACAUUUCUUUUUACCACUUUUAGUACAGUCUCCCUAACUUCAGUUUGGAGACAAGGUCUUGGUACAAAUGCCCUGAAGUCCUGCUCAUCUUGCCUUAGGCUUGUGAGUGCUUAGACUAAAUGUAUGUGCUACUGUGCCCAGCCAUAAAAUUUUAAGGCAGAAAAAAAAGUUUCUGGAGUUACUGGAUGCUGUGUUCAUAUUCUACAUACCCCAUCACUGUGUUAUAGAAAAAUUGAGCAAAUGAAGAUUUGAUUUUACAGCUCAGUGAAAGGAUGACAAAUCUGUCGACAAAUGGUAAUAGUGGUAAUGUGAAAUUUCAAAGCUUGCUGGAUCAGAUACGUGUAUCUUGGUCAUCACAAGCAGAAGUCAGGGAAGCUAAAGAAGAUAAUGAAAGAGGUGAAAUAAAAUAUACUCUCAUUUGGAUUGUAUUAAAAUCCUAAAAUGUAAAAACAUUCUGAUCAUUAUUACUUGGGCAUUAAUUGGAAAUAAUAAAUGAUCUAAAAAUAUUAUUUCAAGUUGUAUUCAGUUAUAUACAAACAAGCAGGAUGGUCAUUCCCAGGCAGCAUAAAUUGACCUUCAAUCUGGGGCAUUUGUGGUUGACAUAAAUUAAAGCUGACAGUUAUACUGAAAUCUAGUGGACAAGCUUGAACACAAUUCAUAAUAGAAGUAUGUAUUUUAUAGUUUUAGAAAUCUGAAGGCACUCAGCUGGAAUACAGAAAAUUUGUUACAUAUGUAAUGUAACAAAUACAUUGAGAAACUAAAGAGGUAGGGUACAUGCCUUUUUAUGUACAUAGUAUUCGUUGCAAUUUCAGACUUACAGUAUUAAAUUACUGGUUGUAUUUAACUUGGUAUUGCUGUGGCCAGCUAUCUAACAACCAAUUUAAGGGUAUAAAUAUUUAUUUUGGGCUAUAAUUUCAAAUAGACAAUAGUUGAACCCCAUACUAUGGGUAGGUCAUAGUUAGCAAAAGGGUCAGGAAACGCUUAACAUUAAAAUAAAUAGGAAACAGCAAAGAAGUGGCUAAAUACCAGGCUUACUCUUUAAUUAUAUACAACAGCAAGAUAUUAAAAACAAAUAUGUCCCUUCUCUCCCCCCCCACCAAAAAAAAAAAGACAAGCAAAAGGUCUUCCUGAAUUUUGUAUCACCCCCCAAAGUAUUGGCACCCUCCAAGAACCAAGCAUCCAAGCCUUUGGGGAACAUUUCAGAUUCAAAUUGAUAUAUACAGUUUUACAUUAAACAACUAACCCAUUAAUAUUUUGUUAAAUAUAUCAUGUUUAUAUAGAGUUGUAUGGGUGUUUUUAUAUCAACUAUUCAAACUAAAAUGACAAGCUAUCCACUGCCCCAAAGUGGGUGACUGAUAAUGCAUUUUAAGGGUUUAAUCAACAUAGAACUUGAUGUUCUAAUAUGAAUUCACGUUGAAUUGCAGAAGCUCGGACACAGUUGUUCAUAGUUGAUGUCUGAAUUAAAGUAUUUUUGGUAAACAA